AUGGCAAAGACUAGAGGAGGAGGAGUAACCAAUGUCCGCCGUAGUAAGCGCCAGCAAGGCAUUGAUGUGAGUCCUGCCGUCGAAUCCCAAAUCAAGAGACGGUUGAGGAGAAAAGUUGUACAAAUUCCAGAAGAGAUUGGAGAACACUCAGAAGAAGUACUAGAAUUACAGCCUACCAGUGGAGUAGGUCAGUCACAAGGUAAUGUAGAGGACAAAGAAGUUGGAGAAACUUCUCAGCCUGCUGAAACAGAAGGCGAUGCAGAGGAUAAAGAAGUUAGAGAAACUGCUCAGCCUGCUGAAAGAGAAGGCGAUGCAGAGGAUAAAGAAGUUGGAGAAAUUUCUCAGCCUGCUGAAACAGAAGGCGAUGCAGUGAACAAAGAAGUUGGAGGAACUUCUCAACCUGAUGAUACAGAAGGUGAUGCAUUGAACAAAGAAGCAACUUCUCAGCCUCCUAAAGUACAAGGUGAUGUAGAGGGCAAUGGAGUUGAAGACGCUUCUCAACCUGCUGAAAAUGAAAAUGUGGAUGUCUCCGUUGGUGGAGGGGAUGAUUCUGUUACAAGAUCGCCUGGGGUAAGUUUUGAUGUUAUUAUGAUGUGUGUUUGA